UCCUCGACAGCCUGGUUAUGGAAAUGAGCCCAAAGUCGGUUUAAUCAGGAGGGGGAAGAAACGGAGAGACGGCGGACCGUGUUGCCUAGCGGGCGGGCGAGCAAAGCAGAGCGAGGCGAGAGAAGGAAGGGAAGGGAAGAGAAAGAGCAGCCACAAAGCUCCGGCAGCUCCUCAAGCCACAGUGGAGUUAAUCAAGUUGAUGCGUACCGCUGCAGGUUAUGAGGACAGCAGGAUGGAGUUCCCCGAACACAGCAGACAUUUACUCCAGUGUCUGAGCGAGCAGCGGCACCAGGGCUUCCUGUGCGACUCCACCGUCCUGGUGGGCGAUGCCCAGUUUCGAGCGCACCGCGCCGUGCUGGCCUCGUGCAGCAUGUACUUCCACCUCUUCUACAAGGACCAGCUGGACAAGCGGGACGUGGUGCACCUCAACAGCGACAUCGUGACGGCGCCCGCGUUCUCCCUGCUGCUGGAGUUCAUGUACGAGGGCAAGCUGCAGUUCCAGGAUCUCCCUGUAGAGGACGUGCUGGCCGCCGCCUCCUACCUGCACAUGUACGACAUCGUCAAGGUGUGCAAGAAGCGGCUGAAGCGGAAGGCCACGGCGGAGGCGGACAGCACGCGCAGGGAGGACGACGGCGGCUCCAGCUGCUCCGACAAGGCCGACAGUCUCUCGGACGGCUCGACGGGGCGACCCGCCACCGCCGACCUGCUGCACAGCGACGAAGAGGAGGAGGGGAAGAGCGAGAGAGCACCGCUAUGGUUGCGGACGCCGGCCAUGGCCACGACCAGCCCGGGUCACGCAGAGGCGGAGCAGCAGGCCGGCGAGGGCCUGACGGAAGGCACCAAGCUGAUGUCUCCGGCAGGAAGCCCUUCCAGCUCCACAGGAUCGCUUUCCCAGAAGUCUCACCGCUCCGCGGGUUCCCGAGGACACUGCGGCAGGCGGGUGUCCAACGAUACCGCCGACUGCGUCCUGGACCUGUCAGUGAAGCCGACAUCCGGCAGUAACCACGGCAACCACCACCCGACGUACUUCAGCGGUGCAGCCACACCGGACAGGCUGCAAAGCCCGCUGGCGGUGAGGGUGAAGGUGGAGAGGGGUGUGGCUUCAGACGAGGAAGAGGACCUAGGGGGCGGGGACUAUGCGAUGGAGCACAGCGGCAUCGCCAAAGCGACGGUUCCCAGCACCAACGGGGGCUUGAGCCACCACGGGGUCGGGGGUCCUCUGUCGGUCCAGAGGAGACUGGGCUUGGAGGCGCACCUCUCCGCCCUGCGAGAGGCGUCGCUGGCGUCCGAGCUGGACCGUGACGAGAAGCCCCCGGCGGCCGCCGACAGCGAGGACAUACUCGGCGGCGAGAGCGAGCGCACGCAGGCCGACGCGGCCAGCAUGGACAGCACGCUGCUGCCGUACGUGUCCAACAUGCUGUCGGCGCCGCACACCCAGAUCUUCAUGUGCCCGCUGUGCAACAAGGUGUUCCCCUCGCCGCACAUCCUGCAGCUCCACCUCAGCUCGCACUUCAGGGAGCAGGAGGGCAUCCGCGCCAAGCCCGCCGGCGACGUCAACGUGCCCACGUGCACCAUCUGCAGCAAGACCUUCUCCUGCAUGUACACGCUCAAGCGCCACGAGCGCACGCACUCCGGCGAGAAGCCCUACACCUGCACCACCUGUGGCAAGAGCUUCCAGUACUCGCACAACCUCAGCCGCCACGCCGUGGUGCACACGCGCGAGAAGCCGCACGCCUGCAAGUGGUGCGAGCGCCGCUUCACGCAGUCGGGGGACCUCUACCGCCACAUCCGCAAGUUCCACUGCGAACUGGUCAACUCGCUGUCGGUCAAGAGCGAGCCGCUCGCGCUGCCCAAUGUCAGGGACUGGGCCAUCGAGGACAGCUCGCAGGAACUGUGGAAGUAGAGGCGUGCGAGCGGGGUCCUUGCCAACAUUUAGGGGGUCUUUCAGUGAGUCAUCUUCUUGUUUGUUGCAAAAAUCUCAUUCGAUUGCACUUUAAUAGCACAUGAAAAUGUUACUACUGAGUUUUUCAUCAAGUACAAGGGGUUUCAGUUGUAGUCUGGAUUUUAUUCAGAGAAAGCUCCGAGAAGGUCUUGCUUGUUUGAAUUUUGUCAAUUUAAUUUUAUUAUUUAACUUUUUGUGUUUCAUCUCACAACACUCCGACUCGGACCGAUGCCACGCUCCUCAAGAACAAAAGCAUUAUGAUACACUAAACGGGUAUCACGAUACCGCCACACACACUUUGAAGAAGUGUGUGCGUGUGCGUGUGUGUGCGUGUGCACUCUCUACUAGGCCAACACCUGAUGUGCACGUGUGUGUGUGUGUGUGUGUAUGCGUUUGAUUAGAUGUUUCACUGGCACGGAGGCGCAGCUAGCGUCGUGGUGCGUUCAGGGCGAGUCGAGCGACUGACAAACUGAUGGCACUCAUGCAAUGCACAGCCUCUUUUUUAUUUUUGGUGAUUUUUUUUACUUUCAAUCAAUUUGAAGUAUUUUCUAAACAUUAAAAAAAUAUUCUAAUAAUUAUUAUAUUAUUGUUAUUAAUUAAUACAGUAGUUUUUUCUGAAAUCUAGCUGGCAGUCUUUUUAAAUUUGUUGGAAAAGUAUUUAAUUUAAGGUUGUUGUAUAUUGUUAUAGUUUUAAAUCUUUUUUUUUUUUUUUUACUUAUUGUAUUAAUUCUAUUUUGUUACAGUUUUAUUUAUUUUUAACAGGACCUGCUGUUGUUGCAUGACGUUCAAACUUGUAUAUUUUAAGAUUUCAAAAAAAAAAAAAAAGGAAAAAAAUGUGAAUUUGCAGUGUUACUGUACACAUCGUUAUUGAUCAAAUAUUUGACAAUGGGCUCCUUUUUAUUUAACAAACAUGAUUUUCUUUGUGAAUACUACUCCAGGGUGACGUCUGUUGCAAAGCUGACUAUGGUGGGUGGGGAGGGGCAUGCAUGGAUUCAAAUGUUGUUGUCCUAAAAAGUUGGGGGGUGCGGGAAUUUAGCUUGACAGUGAACAUCUUGGAAAUGUGAUGAAGCUUUUGAAGUCUAUGUGCACUGAGUGUGUGUGUGCGCGCGUGUGUGUGUGUGUGUGUGUGUGUUGUCACCCGUCAGUGUGGAAGUUCUUCAUCCGCCCAGCACUUCUUCGGUUUAACGUUGUGCAAUCAUGGGCGUCCUCGGAAGGCUCUGGAGGUCUGACGAGGGCGGUCACAUGACGCCAACAUGGCCAAAGGAUGAAAAAGGGUCUGUCCUGCUGAAAUAGUGAAGAGUAAAAUGUGUGUGUGUGUGUGUGUAAGCACCUUUUUAAGAUUAAAAAAAAAAGACCUGAUUAUGAGAUAUUUGCUUGAAAAGAUGCCUUGGACUUAAACAUUUGUAACUGAAAAAUGUCUUGCUUCCAUUUUUGGAUCAAAACUUUUUUUCAGAAAAAAAAAAAAAAUUGGUGAAUUUUUUUUGGGGCAGCGACGGCGCCUGGUUUUUAUGUAUAAAUUCAAGCGGUGUGGAAAUAUUUUGAAACAAGCGUUUAUACAAUCCAAAAAAAGGACUUGCUGAAUGUGAGUGUGUGUGUGUGCGCGCGCGUGUGUGUGUUUCUCCAUCCAUGCACCCAUCCUGCUGUUUGCAUCAUCACUACUACUGUUUUUUUUUCCUUUCUAAUAUAUUUCUGGUUGUACUUGACCGCCUUAAACUGCUGUAGUCCAGGCCGAUUAUUUUUCUCUUUUUUUCUGUUUAUUUUAAUUCUAUUUGUAAUAAUUUAUUUCCGGAGCAUGAGUGACGUUGAGCGCUCUGGAGGCUGUGAACUAUAUAACCACACUUAUUUUUUUGUUAUUAUUUUUUGCUGUGUUUACUUGAAAACAAGUGUGUGUCUGUGGGGCGUGAGAAUAGUUGUUUUAAUUUAAAGAAGGUAUAAAAAUGUCUCAGACUGUUUGUGGGGAAGGUUUUAAAAGUGACUGUUUCUUUUUAAUAAAAAUUUUAAAAAAAAGACAAUCACCAUCAAACAAGCAGAUUUCUUCAGAUGUAUUUGCUCCCUGCUGAGAUUAAAUACUUUCAACUUUUUUUUUUUUCUUAAUUUAAGUCAGAUAUAGUCAUUUUUAGCUUUGACAAUCAUAGUUUGACUUAUUUUUGUGGUUGUUUUUCUCAAGGGGAGCGAAUUUCAAUUGUGUUUAGUUUUGUAAUUUCCGGUGUGCUGUUGUUGACAUUUUUAAAUUGUGUGCAAACUGCAAUAAAUUAUAAGAUUCUUGACAUUGGA